AUGAAUUAUAGGAAAAACAAGCAUUCCAAGAACCCAAUAAAAUACAAGUCCGCCACAAAAAUAUUGUGUACAAAGCAUGGAACCCCCGUUUCACCAGAGCUCGCCAGGCCUUCGAUAAUAUCAUUCUCUCGUGAGUUUGAGGGUGAGCCAGAAAUACUGAUGUCAAAACUUACCGAAAAGAACGGUACCAAAGAAGACUAUCUUUGUUAUAAAGUUAGAAGUAAGGAGAAUUGCGAUGAUUUUGGUCAAAUUAUACAGUAUCCUGAAGAAGAUUUAAAUCAAGGGUACUUCGAUAAAUAUUAUACCAGCAAGUGUAUGAGAUAUCCAAGUCUCUUAUCAAAUAUAUCAUUUGAGAAACAGCAUAGCACUGGAAUGCACGAAGAGAACGAUUAUGAUGCUUGGAAAAAAACAAGAAAGAGCAAUAGAGGAUUAAGAAAACACCUACGAGCGGAAACAAUCAGGUUAUGGUUCCGAAGAGAACAAGUAGAGGGCCUGAAUAUUAAUACUUUAGAACCAAAUGAUACCUGCGAUUCCAACUCAACCCAAUUCAGCGAUAGCUUUAUUACUAAAUUAGGAAAAAGCAACGUGAAGACCUGUGAAGGAGAAAGUGGAACGACAUUAGGAAAUGUGGAACCAGAAGCUGGUUCCGAGAAAAUUGCCAUAGAUACUUCUCGAAAAGAAGGUAAUAUAAGGUCAAACAGAGGAUUUUACAAGUCUAGAACCCUAAGGUAUUUUGCAAAGCUUUUUCGUAAACCAGGAAAGAAAGUUGCUUUGGAUAGCCAAUGUGAUGAAACGGUUAGUGAAAAUACACCACCAGCAGAUUAUUUUAAAGUCCUAUUCUCCAAAAAAUCGACCCAAAAGUUUGAAAAAUUUAAAUAUCAGGAACCUUUCAAAGAUUUGGUUGCAAAUGAGGAAAAAAGCCAUACACAACCAGAUAUCGCUCACGAAAAUAAUGUACCAGGGAUUGAUUAUCACGCAACCUCUCCUGUCAGGAUAGGAAAUAAUGUCCUUCCUUUUAAUUCGAUCAAUCCUUACAACUCUAUCGAUUUUAGUUCCGUCAGAGAAGAGAAUUAUGAGGUCCCGAUCGCACUCCGCAAACCAGCAACUUUGACUGAGAGAUAUUUUGGAGAAGAUGAGAAAUAUAGAAACCUAUCGGAGGAUCUAAACUCAGUUCCAUUUGAAUUCACCAUAAACCAUGAGAAGAGCUCUCCAAAAAAAAAUAAUGGGGUUUUAUAUGAAAAGGUUUCCAGUUUUUUCAACCUCAAUUUCGCCGGUUCAAAGAUCUCAUUAUUUACGUCAAAGCAAUGUGAAGAACUGCCAACUGAUACAGAUUUGAAAGACAAUAGUUCCAAAGAUAUUUGGAAUCCUUAUGAAACUGUUAACAAUGAUAACUAUUUGAGAUAUGAUGAUGAUACAGACAAAAUGGUUGACGAUUCUCUUUUCCAUGAUGCUUAA